AUCUGCAGACACAGAGGUAUGAGCACAAUAGCCACAGCUCACCUUCACAACACUUUAAGGAAUCAUGGGGGUUUUAAAGUUAGAUGACUUGAUAGAUCAGAUACCUUCUCUCUGCGAAGAGGUUAACAUAGAAAAAACAGGUCUCAUCAUUGAUGGUGCAGCUCUGUACUAUUCUUUGUAUUAUAAGUCUGAUCCAAAGCUGGACCAGCGCUGUGGAGGAGAUUAUCCUGGAUUCAAAGAUGAGGUCUGUAACUUCUUUAAGACUCUGCAGGACUGUGAAGUCACUCCUUGCGUCUUCCUGGAUGGAGGCUUGGGAUCCGAUAAGCGUGAACAUCUUGUGUCUCAUCUAAAAAAAAAACUGGAAAAAGCAAAAUCAGUAGCAGAGACUGAGCUUGGCUGCAGUGUACAAAAAAGAUACAGGCCUAACGUCUUACCACCUCUGGUCAGAGAUGUCUUCAUAGAAAUCUUGAAGGAAAAAGGCAUAGAGUUUAAACAGUGUUUAGGAGAGGCAGACCCUGAGAUUUUUUUUGCUGCAAAUCAGAAACAAUGGCCUGUGCUGUCCAUUGACACAGAUUUCUGCAUCUAUGAUGUGCACAAAGGUUUCCUUCAUCUCAAACACUUUGAGUGGAAAAGAAAGAAGGAUGGAAAAAUUCCUGCUAAGCUCUACACACGUUCAAAGUUUUGUGAGCAUUUUAAAUUGGACCCUGCUCUCAUGCCAGUCUUUGCUUCAAUAGCAGGAAAUGAUUAUUCAAGAUUAGGUAAAGAAAUAUUUGCAAAUGAAUCAUCUUCACCUGGUCAAAACGACAUCAAACGACUGUAUGGUAUGCUUAGAUUUUUAAGCGAAGUGAAGCUGGACAGCUGUAAUGAUUCAGAGAAGAGAGAACACGCUCUGCAAAAUGCUGUAAAUCACGUUCGUGAGAUCGAGGACAGAUCUUUCAAACUCUCCAUUCAAAAAUAUGUUGAACCAAAAAAAACGGAUUCUGAGCUGCCUUUAUGGGUUCUUCAAAAAAUUGAGAGUGGAGAACUCACCACUUUCAUCAUAAAUAUUGUGGAUCAGAAGACAAUGACCCUGCCUGCUAUUGUUGAGGACUUUUCACAGCCAAGCAGUUACAGAGCUGCUUACCGCAUCAGGCAGUACUUCUAUGGACUGUUAACAGGAGGUCAGAUGUGCACUGAAUAUGACAGGGAUGGAGAAGAGAUCAAAGACAAGCGAGUCCCAUCCAUACUCCUCAGCAGUGCUGAACAGGAGCAGCUGCAACUACAGUGUCUGCAUGAGGCUCCUAAGGAUUUGCGUCGCAUGGUGUUUGAAGAAGCUCUGCAGGUUCAGACUUCAGCCUUAGAAAACAUCCCCGACCAGCUGAAGCUGCCAGUCUGUGUGACUGUUUUCUGGUUCAAGAAUUUACAAAGUGACCCAAAACCUGAAACUGUCCACUGCCUCUACGCCCUCCUGCUGGGGUUUGUGUAUUACUGUGUUGGUUCAGAAGCUAAGAGAGAGGGUGAAGCAACAUCGACAGCCUCCUCUCCAAAUGAUGGGAAACAAGAGGACGAGUUUGAGAGGAAGAUGAAAGCUUUAAAGGAUGCAGCUAUCAGGAGGAAAUGGCAGCCUUGUGUGGCUCAUGCUUUCAGCCAAUGGCAGUGCUGCAUGAGGCAGAGCCUCCACCUGAACCAGCUGCUGUGUUCCCCUCUACCAGAACCUCAGUGUGCCCGGCUUUACUGUGGACCUCUCCUUCAUCGGCUGGCAGAUGAAGACACGAUUGAAGAAGUACAGAAAACACUGAGAGGAGAAAAGAAGGAAUUAUAUGAUUAUUUAAAGACGAUUUCUUAUCCAAAAGCUACUGGGGAAGGGCCCUCAAGUGAGGAACAAGUACAGAAGACUGAGGAAGAGGAGAACUCAGAUGAAGAUUCCAAAACCAAUCCAGACAAUCCACACAUUGUGGAAAAAACUCUGCUUAUUGGCGACUCUGUACUCAGAGAUGUGCAGCUAGAGACUCCAGGAACUGCGAUCCAUUACAUUCCAGGAGCAAGAGCAGGUGACAUUGAAGCUUAUCUGAAACUGCUGGCUCAGAAUGAACGUAGAUUUGGGAAGAUUGUAAUUCACGUCGGCAGUAAUGACAACAUUUUCAGUCAAUCCGAGGUCACUAAAAUUAGCAUUGCAUCAGUUUGUAACUUUGCCAAAACAAUGUCAGACACUGUAGGUUUCUCUGGUCCCGUCCCCUAUGAGACCAAUGAUGUCAUCUAUAGCCGCAUGCGGUCGUUGAACCGCUGGCUGUCUGAAUGGUGUUCAGAAAACAGUGUGAAAUUCUUAGAUAACUGGCAGACCUUCUGGGAAAACCCUGGUCUUAUUGAGGAAGAGGGCAUCCAUCCCACUUUGGAUGGUGCAGCUCUCCUUUCUAGACGUCUGGAUGAAUUUAUACAGAAUUUGGACAAGAAAGCAGAGUUAGGGUCUGUUGUCAUAGAGGCUGUGACUCCAUAACACCAAAGAGCCAAAACAGCUAAAUGUGGUUUACUAAAUAUAUUAUUUUUACAGUAGAAGUUAAGAACACAGAGAAAUGAAGUGAUGCAAGUUUAAGAAAUUAAUGGUUUCCUUUUAUUUUUGGAUAAACAUGAUGACAUUUUUAAAACUUAAUGCAGAAAUAAAACACAAUCCUGCCUCAACAUUUAAUACAGCAAGAAGAAAAGAACAAAAUCAGGGAAAUAAAGAGCUGUCAGUUUGGUUUGUUUUACUUUUUUCAGUCAGGUGUUUGAACUGCACUAACUCAAAUAUAGUUUAUGAGCAGGAGGAAGCUGAAGAAAACAGGAACGUGGAUGCCAGUCAGGUGUUUAAUGAGCAGCUGAGAGAGGAAAGGAGGAACCUUUCAAGAAUUUAUCAAACAAAUCAUUUGAUAUAGACAAGUUUUUUUUGUGAAAUCAAACACCUUCUGAAGAUUAUUCUCAUCCAGAAAAACUGUAGUCUCUGUCAGAUCCGGUCCUCUUUCAAUUUUAGCAUGUUGAUGGUAAAAAUGUGUUUGUCUUACCCGUUCAGCUGGUGCUGUGCCUUCUGGAGUAUCUAUGUUGCUUCAAGGCCUUAACAGAGCUCAUUUGAAGACUUUUAGGAGUAAUCCUGUUUUUUCUGCAUCUGAGGCUGAAUCUCAGGUGUGUCUGUAAUCAGCCAUCUUACAUUGUGUUUGCUCAUACUGACGUACAGCACCUAAUCCUGUUAACUCUGAUUUUCUUUUCAUGAAAGAAAAUACUCUUUUGUUUGAACAAGAUAUAUCAUCUUAACCAAAAUGAGAGAAAUGUCUUUAGUUUAUUGCAAAAAAGCAUUGAUUUUUAGUGAAGGGUGAGGUAGUGAUACAAAAACUGCGAUUUCUUAAAAUUAAUGAAAAAAUACAUAAAAAUGUAAAUGGCCUCAUGUCACAAAUAUGUUUUAUGAGGAAUACCUGGAAUAUAAUUAUAUUACAACUCUUU